UUUGGCGUUCAUCUUUAUUUUUUAUCUAACCAUUUGGUUGCAAGAAUGGCAAAUCAUAAUUUGGCUUUGAUUUUGACUGCAUUAUCAUAUCUACUAUUUGUUACUGCAAUAGUACAUUCACAGCAAAUAAACGUGUCACAAUUAAGAAGACUGCGACGAAACUUGCCAAAGGUACAAAGAACUAGAACUGUACAAAAACAAGUCAUUGAUCUACUUACACAAGUUGUGAAAUUGCAAACACAAAUCAUUAAACUUCAAAAUGAAGCCAGAGCUUUCGUAACGCCAAAGAAAAAAGUUUUUACAUCAUGCAAAGAAGCUGUAAAAGAUGACAGCUCAAAAGAUUGUGCGUACCUAAUAAAAACGGACACUUCAUUAGGCUACAGCAAAGUUUUCUGUCAGAAAAAGAUAUCGGGUUGUUCUGGAGAAGGCUGGACGCUAGUGAUGAAAAUUGAUGGGAAUCAGAAAACAUUCGAUUUUGACUCAUCGUUUUGGACAAAUAAAAGUAGUUACAAUAAAAAUGGUAUAACAGGAAUGGAUGAUUUGGAAACAAAACUUCCUACCUACUGGAGCACCAAAAUUAACAAGAUAUGUGUUGGAAUGAAACUCAACGGUACAAACUUCAUCAGCUUCAAUAUGAAAGCGAAAUCAUUGUAUGAUGUCAUCGCUGAUGGAAAAUACCGCAAAACAAGUUUGAGCCGAAGCCAAUGGAUGUCAUUAAUCAAAGACAGCGUUCUUCAACAAAACUGCAAUAAAGAAGGUUUUAACGUCAUUGCACCAGCCAAGUUACACGCUCGUGUAAGGCUUGGUAUACUGGGAAACAAUGAAAACAAUUGUGAUUCAUCCGAUUCUUUCAUUGGUUUUGGUGGUCCAUACAACGGUAUUUACUGCUGGCGAAAACCUCAAAUAAACAGCUGCAGGAACUCAGCUUAUUGCACAAGAAAGCCGGUAAUAGAGCUUAAAUCAAUGGGAUACAUUUUGUUUCUUAAUUACAAUAGUGGAAAUAGGAAACACACUUGUUCUUUUCAGGCUAUAUAUAUUUGUAAUUUGAUUUAUGUAGAACUGGCUGUAGAUGUACUUUCUUUUAAAGUAAGCUUUGCGAACAGUAUUCAACCAUGUUUGUUUGAGUAA